AUGUCUGCCUUCGCCGCCCGCAUCAUCACCCGCGCUGCCUCGCGCCGCCAGUUCUCACUCCUCGGUGCCAUGCGAACUGUUGGACGAUCUAUGGAGUCUCACCCCUUUGAGCGCAUUUCCAUCACUCAGAAGCCUGCCAGCCCCGACUACGCCAAGAUGGUCAAGCGCGUUGGUAGCCAGGCCGUUGUCUUCUUCCCCUUCAUGGGUGUCGCCCUCGGCUGGCCCGCCAUCUGCCCUCUGCUUUUCGACGGUAACCUGUAA